AUGGCUGGUUCUUCUGGUAGAUGGAGAUCAUCCACAGUGGGGCUGGGGCUGCCUGUUGAUUUGAACACAUGGAACAGGGUGCUGCUACUGGCUUGUUUGGUGUCCGUCUUUGUGGACCCUUUGUUCUUGUUCGUGGCUGCAGUGAGGGCGGAGGAGGCAUGUGUUGAAAGGCGCGAUCGAGGGCUCGAGGUGGCGCUCUCGCUACUCCGAUCCAUGGCCGAUGCCUUCUACAUAAUGCACAUUCUGAUCAGGUUUAGGUUCAGGUUUACCACGCCUUAUCUUCUUCUUCACUUCUGCCUCGACUUUCUAGCUGCAUUGCCUCUUCCACAGGCAUUCAUCUGGGUUGCAAUCCCAAACAUAAUUAGUGGUUCAAACAUGAGCCCAUGGAUUCACGUUGCUGGGUUCUCCAUGUUGUUCCAAUACCUGUUGAGGCUGUAUCUAAUCUUCCCUCUCUCAGACCAAAUCGUGAAGGCCACUGGAGUUCUCAUGAAGACAGCAUGGGCUGGAGCUGCCUACAACCUUAUGCUCUUUAUGCUAGCAAGCCACGUUUUGGGGUCGUGUUGGUACCUGCUAUCCAUAGGACGACAAGUAGAAUGCUGGAAAAAAGUUUGCAAUUUGGGGCAUUGGGAUUAUUACUACUACUGCCAAUAUGAGUUUUUUGACUGUGGGACUGUGGGAAACCCAACCAGAGCUGCUUGGUUCCAAGUGACUAAUAUCUCUAAUCUGUGCCAUCCCACAGCCACUGCCUCCUUCCAUUUUGGCAUCUUUUCUGAUUCUUUCUCCUUUCACUCUUCUUCUUCCACCUUCUUCAAUAGGUACUUCUAUUGUUUUUGGUGGGGCUUGAGGAAUUUAAGCUCUUUGGGGCAAAACUUACUAACAAGUGACAACGUGGGAGAAAUAAAUUUCGCGAUUGUGAUAGCAAUUGUGGGGUUGGUGCUAUUCGCACUUCUUAUUGGAAACAUGCAAACUUAUCUUGAAUCCACAACCUUAAGGGUAGAACAAUGGAGGGUGAGGAGGCAAGACACAGAGCAGUGGAUGCGCCACAGGCAGCUGCCCUAUGAACUGAAGCAAAGUGUCAGAAAAUACGAGCAAUUCCGAUGGAUCGCAACUCGCGGCGUCGACGAAGAACACAUUCUCAAAGCCCUUCCCAUGGACCUCCGCCGUGACAUCAAGCGCCAUCUCUGCCUUGAUCUGGUUCGACAGGUGCCGCUUUUUGAUGAAAUGGAGGAGACAAUGUUGGAUGCGAUAUGCGAAAGAUUGAGACCCCGUUUGUGGACGUCGAGCACCGGUCUGGUCCGGGAGGGUGACCCGGUGAACGAGAUGGUGGAGCUUCCGACAGGGCCUUUGACAAAGCUCCAACGACUCUUUAAGGUUCUAGAAACGAAUGUGUGCUAUCGUGAAAUAUGUCAAAGAAACGAUUCUGGUGAAGUGUCUUUUGAUCAGCUUGGCCAAUCAAAUAGGUUGCUGACACGUGAAACAUGGGAUCGGCUCGGCCAACUUAUAAAGGGUCAAGUCGAAGGCUCGAUCUUACUGGAAGAAUUCUGA